CGAGAACUUUGAAGGAAGUUGCACCUUGACAAGUGUCGAUCAAGGUAACUUCAUAGCAACACCUAUAAAUAAUGGUGAAUCUAUGAAGAUUUGGCAUUCUAUGGUGCUCAAUAAUGUUUUCUGCACGUUAAAACAACGUUCAAAGAUCAAACUAUAAGGAAAGAACACCUGGAAAAAGAUGGGACUCGAUACCUUGUUUAAGUUAUUUAUAUUGAACAUCUUUCUAAUUCAAGCAAAUACUGAAUUUGAUUACGUAAAGCGAUCCAAAGAAAAAAUUAGGAAUUAUGUCAGAUUAAAUGAGAAAUUGGAACAAACAGGAAAUAACAUUCGCCUUAGUAAUUCAGAGAGAGCUCAUCAAAUGAUGAACGUUUAUAUUCCGUGUGGACUGAACAAUUGCUUCAGCAAUACUCAAUAUUUAUUAGAAGCAAUAGCUUCAGAGAAAGUAUCGAGGUUAAAAAUCAAAAAGUCAGACGUGGAUGUACUAGAAAAUUUAGAAUGGGAAAGCCAAGAGGUUAAAGAAAUUCAAAAGCAAUGUCUAUAUGACAGAAGCAGGCCUACAGAUUGCCACGACAGCAAGUUCCGAAAUUUUGAUGGAAGCUGCAACAAUCUCGAAAGGCCCGACGAUGGAAGAACGUUUACGUGUUUCAGAAGAUUAUUAAGGCCCGAUUAUGCGGAUGGAGUGAAGGAACCAAGAGCUGGUGUAGAAAAUGUUCUACCGGAUGCAAGGAUUAUAACGCGUAAACUACAUAGAAUGCGCCAUUUAAACACGGUGACGACAAGUGUCAACUCGUUGCACAUGAGCUAUGGACAAUUCCUCGAUCACGAUUUGGAGUUUACCUCCCUCUUUCGAUUGGGUAAUAGCACGUUGCUUAAUUGCUGUCGACUCGAUGCACCUAUCCAUCAUCAAUGCUUCCCAUUGCAAAUUCGUUCGGACGAUCCUGAUUUCAGCCAUAGAUCUUGCCUAAAUUUUGUUCGAAAUUCUGCUUGUCCCACAUGCAAUUUAGGAUGGAGAGAACAGAUGAAUGUAUUGCCUUCUGCAAUAGAUUGCUCCCAAGUAUAUGGUACUUCAGAUGAAAUUGCUCUGUCUCUUCGAAACUUAUCUGGAAACGGAGAAUUAGCAACUCAGUGGAUACCAGGAGCGGGAGUUCUUCCGUUACCAAAUCUACAAACAAAGGGAAGUCACCCAGGAUUUCCACCCUUUCGAAUGGGUGAUUUCAGAGUAAAUCAGAACUUAUUAUUAACGACCUUCCAUAUAAUGUUUUUGAGAUUUCAUAACUACGUUGCACGCCAUCUAAGAAGAUUGAAUCCAAUGUGGGAUGGAGACAGGAUAUACAUGGAAACAAGAAGAUUCGUAGGAGCGUGUAUGCAACACAUUACUUAUGAAGAGUAUCUUCCUUUGCUGUUAGGACCAAUGAUUAUGAGGAAGUAUCAUCUAGAUGAGGAUAACACGAGAUACGAUAGUAGAUUAUCUCUAUCGUUGUUUAAUUAUUUCGUGAGUGCAUCAUUCAGAUUUGGGCACAGCACUAUUCCUGAUACGUUUCUGACACUUUCAGAGGAUCUAAAAGUCGGACAGUUUUUAUUAAAAGACACAUUCUUUAACCCCGUGCCAUUUUAUCAAGGAAGAUUAGAAGACUUGAUACGAGGGUCUACAUUGCAAUUUCAGGAUUCUUUUGACAGAUUUGUGGCUAAUUCAGUGGCGAGACAUUUGUUUCAAAGUGAAAACGAUACCGUGGGACUAGACUUACCAACAAUAAACAUACAAAGAGGAAGAGAUCAUGGAUUACCAGGAUAUAAAUUUUAUGUAGAGAAAACUCAUAAUUUCCGAAUUGAUGACUUCGAUCAUCUGCAUAAAUAUGGCUUGAUGAGUAGGAGGACUGCGGAAGAACUACAAGUUUUAUACGAUAAUAAAAUUGAAGACGUCGAUCUGUUUGUCGGUUUACUAUGCGAAGAACAUUUAAAAGAAUCUUUGGUAGGACCUACAGCAGCACAUUUAAUAGCCAAGCAGUUUUUUGAACUGAAAUUCGGAGAUAGAUAUUUUUAUACUCACCGAGACGAAACCGGAUCAUUUACUUUAGCUCAAAAGGCAGCCAUUCGAGAGGUAUUUCUGAGUAAUAUUAUAUGCGCAACAACAGAAAUUAACGAGAUAACUAUCGAUGCUAUGGUUCCUCAGAGUCCCAUUGUGCCUUGUAGCCAUUUAAAACCCAUAAACUUUUUACAUUGGAAAGAAUGAAGAAGUAAAU